UUGCCGCUGCUCAUCCCAGCCAUCCUCUGCCUGCUGGGCUCCUGCUGCCCCCGGGGCGCAGAGGCUCGGCGCUAUGGCUCUGUCCUCGCCGUGCCGAACGGAGGUCCCUGGGGCUCGUGGGGACACGAGCAAUUCUGCCCCAGAGGCCACGCAAAGGGAUUUGCACUGAAGGUGCAGCCCUUCCAGGGAUUUUGGCUGUUUGGUGAUGACACGGCUCUGAACGGCGUCCGCCUACACUGCACGGACGGCACGGUCAUCGAGUCCUCCGUGGGGGGGUGGGGGAACUGGACGGAGGCCCAGCUCUGCUCCAGCAACAAGCUGGUGUCGUUCUCGCUGCACGUGGAGCAGUGGCGGUACCUGCGGGACAACACGGCCGUCAACAACGUGAGGUUCGCCUGCUCCGACGGCACCGACCUGGAGGGCUGGGGCCUCUGGGGGCACUUCGGCCCAUGGAGCAGCAACUGCACCUCUGGGGCCAUCUGUGGGCUCCAAACAAAGGUGGAGAAACCCCAGGGAAAGUGGGAUGACACAGCUCUCAAUGACAUGAGAGUGUUCUGCUGUGAGUAA